UAAAAAUAAAAAGUGAAGUGAAGUGACGUGAAAAAAUUAAAAAUUUCUGUUCGAUUAGUUAUAUACCUAUACAUUAGUUCGGGUUAUAAGUGUAUUUUGUAAAUUUUUUCAAAUAUGGUAGGAUUAACAGCAGUUCUUGCACGUAUUCCUGUUAUAAAAUUCCGCAAAGGUGGAAUAGGAAGACCUGCGGCGCCUUCCUCGGGCGCGGGUGCUGCUGCGCCAGCCGCCGCUUCUGCGGCAGCUGCGGCACAAACGCCUUCACAAGUACAGCCUGCAGCUGCAAUGAGCACAGCCGCCAUUCCUGAUAUAGACCUGCCGGCACGCUACCGAAGACAACCUUUAACUGAGGAGGAAAUUAACACUAUCAAUGGAGGCGGAGUAAAAUCUAAUGAUGGCCUUAAAGUUCCUACACAAAAACCCAAAACCAUGGCAUACUUAAGAAUACCAAAAGGUAUUUUAGGAAAGAAGAGGAAACAAGUUUUGUCUCUUUACAUUGUAAAAACUAGUGCCUAAAUUUAAAGAGUGAAUAUGGAAUGUUCAAAAGCUUUUGACAGUACC